AACAUCAGAACAGAGCUCUCUGAUCUCCUUGUGUUUGGUUAUCUGUUACUCCACCCUCUCUCUUGGGAGACCUGGCAGUUUGUCUUUAUUCUUUCAGAUGGAGUUCAUGAACAUGAGGCUGGUUUAUGCUUUCAUUCUGAUGAUGGGAGCUCUUUGCUUUUACUUCAGUAUGGAGCCUUUCGAAGAACCACCACAUGUUCUCAAGCAAGGUCAGGGGAAGUUCCUCCAGCUUCCAGAUAUAGACUGCAAGCAGACGCCCCCUUUCCUUGUGCUGCUGGUGACUUCGUCCCACAAGCAGCUGGCGGCUCGCAUGGCCAUCCGCAAGACAUGGGGUCGAGAGGCAGAGGUGCGGGGGCGGCGUGUAAAGACCCUCUUCCUCCUGGGGGCCUCAGACAGCACCGACGAGAUGAAUGCCACAGCCCAGGAGGGCAAGCAGCACCGUGACAUCAUCCAGAAGGAUUUCAAGGACGACUACUACAACUUGACCCUGAAGACCAUGAUGGGCAUGGAAUGGGUCCACCACUUUUGUCCUCAGGCAGCUUUUGUGAUGAAGACAGACUCAGACAUGUUUGUGAAUGUUGGCUAUCUGACUGACCUGCUGCUAAAGAAAAACAAAACCUCCUUGUUCUUCACAGGCUACUUAAAGCCUCAUGAACUUCCUAUCAGGAAAAAGUCCAGCAAGUGGUUUGUGAGUAAAUUUGAAUAUCCCUGGGAUAGGUACCCACCUUUUUGCUCUGGAACAGGUUAUGUCUUUUCAAGUGACGUGGCCAGCAAAGUAUACAGUGUCUCAGAGAGUGUCCCAUUCCUCAAGCUGGAUGAUGUGUUUGUCGGGCUCUGCCUGGCCAAUCUGAAGAUCCGGCCUGAGGAACUCCACACCAAACAGACCUUUUUCCCAGAUGGCUUACGCUUCUCUGUGUGCCUCUUUCGGAAAAUUGUGACCUGCCACUCCAUGACACCUCAGAACUUACUCACUUACUGGCAGGCACUGGAGAACUCUCAGGAACAGAAUUGCUCUGCUGUCUGAGGGGAGCCUGUGGUGCAAACUUCCAAUAACCUUUGGUGAUAAUUUGGGAAGAUUUUGGAUGACCUUGCUGGGAACUGUCAGGGGUAGAGAAGGAGGAGGAAGGCAAACAGUGUUGUUAUCAAUGCCCUGCAUAUACUAGAGUGGAUGUACACACAAGCAGAAUCAAGACUUACCACUUGGCGCCCAGAACAAUGACCGAUCAUGAAUUUCAGACUUUUGCACUAUGUUCUCAAGGUUUGAGAUAUGCCUUCAUCUGCUCAUUUCAGGGUUCAGCAUACUUAUGAAGCCAUGGAUGUGAUCAUUUCCAUUUUGCAGGUUAGGAACCAGCAGCCACGGUCACUUAUUUGUCCAAAGAUUCCCAGUCUGCAGAUGGAGAAGGAAUGAGUAUCAAGUGCUGUCAUAAUUCAUUCAGUUGGUGGCCCCCAACUGAGUGUCCCAUUUUUUGGGAGAAGCUAUUAGUAGAAGAAGCUCAUGGUGGGAGUGUCUUGAAUGUAACUAGCAUCCUUUAGGCUCUUUCCUGAGUCUCCUGCCCCUCAAUUUCCAAUCCUUCUACUUUUUAAAUGCUCAGUCUAGGAUAAACCAGAUUUCUCAGACCUCUCCCCUCACUUGAAUAAUUUAACCAAACACUAAGUCUUUUAGCUACUUGGUACCCAAUGCAUUUUCAACAUGAGACAUGCAUGCCUGCAGACACUAGCUCACCUCCAUGCUAGAAGGAAACUUGGUUAUAUGACCAUAUAAAUCAGGUUGAGAAAACAUAGCUGAGUCUUAUUGUAUAGGCCAAAUACACUGCUGAAAUCCUAGUGUGGGUGAUGUCUCCUCUGAAUUUUCUGGGACACCUUGUCUCUGCUGCAGAUAUUUUGAUGGAUUGAUGGUGAUCAGUUAUAACUCUGGAGCACUUCACACCACUAAGUUCAAAUGCAAUUGAAGCCAGGCACAGGCAUGGCCUGUAUUGGUGUCCAGAAACUUUGCUGGAACCUGGACUGGUCCAAGCUCCUGGGAUGCAGAUCAUGGAGGUGGGCCCAGUUGAAGGGCUCUCCCUGCAUCUCUGGUCCUUCUCCACCUCUUCACACUGGGUUUAUCACAUGGUCAGAGAUCUGCUGAGUGUUUUGGUUUGAAGGCUUUCAGAGCUUUUUAAAAAUAGGGGCUUAUGGCCAUUCAACAACUGCCACCAGUCACAUAAUCUUGCUCUGUAUCAUUGGAAUUGUUGAUUCCCCCUGCUUUUUACUUUACUAGAUUUUGCUAUAUGCUUGGAGCCAAGACUUCAUGUGACUGUGUGACUGUAAGCGUUGCAAUAUGCUCUCAUCUGAACACAGGAAAACUUACUCAAGUCAGAGCCAUUACUCCUCCAAUUGGAGGAGGCCGGAAGCUACCUCUAGUGCCUCAUUUCCACACUUAUUUCUGUCCCUCCUCUGAGUCUCUCCCAUAACUCUUGGGGGGGAAAUUGUACUCUUUGUGACAUUCUUCAAAAUCAUACAGCACCAAGUUCUGGACCCUUAGUGUACUUGGAACUACAUAAACUGUCAAAAC